AGUAGGGUUUUACGGGAUCUAUCUGGGUCGUCCUUACGCUGUCAUAUGACGGUCGACGCGAUGCUUCACUCCCUAGUCCGCCGCCGCGCCCUCCCUCCUUCGACCCAACUCCGUCGCCUCUUCUUCUUCACCACCAGCACAUCCGUCUCCUCCUCAGGCGCCACCGCUUCUCCCGAUCCGCACUUCCUGGUCGAGUACCUCGUGGAUACAUGCGGGUUCUCCGCCGACGAUGCUUCCAAGGUCUCAAAGUCGCUCCUCCGUGUUCAGUCUACCGAGAAGCCCGACGCUGUUCUUGGAUUCUUCAGAUCUCGGGGCCUUGAUGGCGCUAAUCUCAGAAAGCUAAUAAUUUGGAAACCAGGAUUGCUCGGUUGGGAUGUGGAGACGAAACUCGUUCCGAAAUUUAAUUUUUUGCGCGACAUGGGGUUCUCUGAGUCCGAUGCCGUCAAUGUCGUUGUGCUGCACCCCGUCAUUCUCUCCCUCAACCUCCAGAACAAGCUUCUCCCCAGAUUGAAGGUUUGGGAAAGUCUUUUUGGAUCGAGGGAGAUCCUCCUCAAGAAUCUCCUGGUUAGUAGAUGGUUUUUGAGCAACAACAUCGAGAAUGUGGUACGCCCUAACUUGAACUUCUUACGGGAUGAAUGUGGUAUCCCCGAAGUGCGGAUUUCUCUUGUCCUUAAAAGCCACCCGAACUUCAUAGUGCAAAAACCAGAUUCCCUCCGGGCUUUGGUAGAUAGAGCUGAGGGGAUCGGAAUUACCCGGGGAUCUGGGGUGUUCCUCCGUAUCCUUGAUGUGUUGAACGAGGUCAGCGGGGAAAAAUUUGAGGCCCAAUUCAAGCUCAUGAACAGUUUUGGUUGGUCGAACUCGGAUUUCAUUACUGCGAUCAAGAAAUUUCCAUACUUUUUAUGCCUUUCCACAGGGUUAUUGCAGAGAAAGAUGGAAUUUUUGGUCAAUGAUGUUGGAAUUUCACCUUCAAACAUUGCUUACUGCCCAAUGUCUUUAGGAUUAAGUUUGGAAAAGACGUUAAUUCCUCGAUUUCGUGUGAUGGAGAUAUUGAAAUCUGAAGGGUUAUGGACUUCAAAAAUGAAGCUACAAACCUUAUUCUCAUUGUCUGGUCCAAGAUUUUUGCGGAGCUUUGUUCUCCCUUACAAAGAUAAACUCCCCAAACUUCUUGAAGUGUUUGUGAGCUGUAGCUGAAUUAAAGGAGAAUAAUCCAAACUGCAAAUGGAUGCAAGGAUUUAUUUGGAACUUGUCAGAUGAACUCCUGGUGAGAAGAUAUUUGCCAUAAUGAGAUGUAUGCUAGGCUACACUCAUUGACCUAGAUUAUAGAGAAACCAUUCUUCUUUCAAAUUAAUCUUAACUUAAUCUUUAAUAUCAUUGAAAGCUGAAGGAGCACAGAAUUCACGUUGCAAUUUCCUUAGACUUACAAGGAUUAUCUGGUGAAGCAUCAAUGCCAUUGGGUUUAAAUUUUAUAAAAUGGAAUUUAGUAACAAAUGUACAAUUUUUGAAUGU